AUGAGACAUCUGAAUGGUCGCAUAAAUAUCGAAAGUUAAAUUAUGAGAAACCGAGUUUCCCCGAUCGUCAUUUUAAUGCAAUUGGAGAACCUCCGAAUUUUCCUUCUGCUCGAUUUUGAACACCGGAAAUGUCUUAUCUCGCGUAUUAUUAUUUUCAAAUUGUUGUGCCAUAUUGUCGUUCGUGCAAUUGUCGCGAAUUUUUCGCUUUAACUUUAAAUCGAAAUAAAGGAACUUCGUACAAAACAAAAGCACUUUUAUACGAUUAAACACUUAGAAACGUAUCUUUAUGUAUAGAAUAAAAUCAGCGAGACGAUCCCCUCAGAGGGUAAGAAAUCGGCAAUGCAGGAAACGAUAAUCCCGCUCCCUCUGAGCUGAGAAAGAAAAGAGAUACUGCUUUCACUGAAUAAAUAGAGAAUCGUGGCUAAUAAAUUAAACAACGUAUCGCGAUUCGACCUAACCGAACACUGCCCGGGAUUUCAGGUGGCAAGGAGGACGAUCCGAAGAGUUCCUCGUCCAGCACGCUCAGCUCCGCGCAGAGCAAGAAACAGCGAAAGGCGCGCACGGCUUUCACGGAUCAUCAGCUACAAACUCUGGAGAAGAGUUUCGAGCGGCAGAAGUACCUGAGCGUGCAAGACAGGAUGGAGCUGGCGGCGAAGCUGCAGCUGACCGACACGCAAGUGAAGACGUGGUACCAAAACAGA